CUGCCCCUGCUGCCGCCAUGGCACCGAGAAGAAGCUUGUGGCAAACGGGGGCAAAAAAAAAGAAGCAAAUGUUGAAGUUCACUCUUGAUUGCACUCACCCUGUAGAAGAUGGGAUCAUGGAUGCUGCUAAUUUUGAGCAGUUUUUGCAAGAGAGAAUCAAAGUGAAUGGAAAAGCUGGGAAUUUCGGGGGAGGGGUUGUGACCGUGGAGAGAAGCAAGAGCAAGAUCACUGUCACUUCCGAGGUGACUUUUUCUAAAAGGUAUUUGAAAUAUCUCACCAAAAAAUAUUUGAAGAAGAACAAUCUACGUGAUUGGUUGCGUGUAGUUGCUAACAGCAAAGAGAGUUACGAAUUACGUUACUUCCAAAUUAACCAGGACGAAGAAGAGGAGGAAGAUGAGGAUUAAAAUUCAUUUAUUUGGAAGAUUUUGUAUAAGUUCUUAAAUAAAAUAUGGGAAC